GUCUCCUGGUCUCUCCUGGUCUCUCCUGGUGUCUCCUGGUGUCUCCUGCUCCACGUCCUCGCAGCUGCUUCAGUGAGUUGUCGUCCGAGGACACGAUGUCGUCCCCUCGCUGCGUCCUGCUGCUGUCCUGCGUCCUGCUGCUCCAGCUUCCUGUGGCCCGGUGCCGCCCGGCCACCGAGGACACGGACACAGUGGACGCAGUGAAGUCGUCUGAGGAUGAAGAGGACGAUGAGUCAUCCUCAGAGGAAAACAAACUCUCCAACGAGCUCUCGACGAGCAGUGAGAAGCUGCAGCCGCUGGCGCCUCAGUGGGUGGUGCCGGAGCGGAUGGAGAAGCAGCUCCACGCCGUUCCCGCCAGCCGGACCGUGAAGUUCAGGUGCCAGGCGUCGGGGAACCCGGCUCCCACUCUGCACUGGUUCAAGAACGGGAAACCGUUCAGGAAGGACCAGAGAAUCGGAGGCUUCAAGAUCAGAGAUAACAUCUGGACUCUGAUCAUGGAGUCGGUGGUUCCAUCGGACAAAGGGAACUACACGUGUGUGGUGGAGAACGAGCACGGGAGCCUGGAGCACACCUACCUCCUGGACGUAGUCGAGCGCUCCCCCCACAGACCCAUCCUGCAGGCCGGGCUGCCCGCCAACCAGACCGUGGUCGUUGGUUCCGACGUGCAGUUUGUGUGUCGUGUGUUCAGCGACCCGCAGCCGCACAUCCAGUGGCUCAAACACAUCGUGGUCAACGGCAGCAGGGAGGCGCCGGACGGACACCCGUACGUCCUGGUCCUCAAGACGGCCGGUUUGAACACGACCGAUAAGGAGAUGGAGCUUCUGACCCUGAGCAACGUGUCCCUGGAGGACGCCGGCGAGUACACGUGUUUGGCAGGAAACUCCAUCGGAGUCUCUCAUCACUCUGCGUGGCUCAAUGUCGUGAAAGACCUGCCCCCCUCCCCUCUGCCCUCCCAGACCUACCUGGAGAUCUUCAUCUACUGCCUCGGGUUCUUCAUCGUCAUCAUCCUCACCGUCACCGCCGUGGUCUGCCGGCUCUGCUGCUCGCCGAAGAAGAGCGACUUCACCGGCCAGCUGGCGGUCCAGAAACUAGCCAAGAGCAUUCCCCUGAGGAGACAGGUGUCGGUGGAGUCCUCGUCCUCGCUGCACUCUGGGAUGUGUCUGAUGCGUCAGUCUCGUCUCUCCAGCGCCGCCACCAUCCUGGCAGGAGUGUCCGAGUACGAGCUUCCCUACGACCCGGCGUGGGAGCUGCCGCGGGAUCGGCUGAUGCUGGGAAAGCCUCUGGGUGAAGGUUGCUUCGGUCAGGUGGUUCUGGCCGAGGUCGUCGGGCUCGACAAGAACAAACCCACGCGUGUCUCUAAAGUCGCAGUGAAGAUGCUGAAAGCCGACGCCACAGAGAAGGACCUGAGCGACCUGAUCUCCGAGAUGGAGAUGAUGAAGAUGAUCGGAAAACACAAGAACAUCAUCAACCUGCUGGGAGCCUGCACGCAGGACGGUCCUCUGUACGUGGUGGUGGAGUACGCCUCCCAGGGGAACCUCAGGGAGUUCCUCCGCACCCGGCGCCCUGUCGGCCUGGAGUACUGGAGCGAGUCCAGACCGACGCCACUGGACAGUUUGGAGAUGAAGGAGCUGGUGUCUGCUGCGUACCAGGUGGCCAGAGGGAUGGCCUACCUGGCCUCCAAGAAGUGUAUCCACAGAGACCUGGCAGCCAGGAACGUCCUGGUCACCGACGACAACGUGAUGAAGAUCGCAGACUUCGGUUUGGCUCGAGACGUCCACCACAUCGACUACUACAAGAAGACGACCAACGGUCGUCUGCCGGUGAAGUGGAUGGCGCCCGAGGCUUUGUUCGACCGGGUCUACACCCACCAGAGUGACGUGUGGUCGUUUGGAGUCUUGUUGUGGGAGAUCUUCACCCUCGGUGGAUCUCCGUACCCUGGCGUCCCUGUGGAGGAGCUGUUCAAGCUGCUGAAGGAGGGUCACCGCAUGGAGAAGCCCCCCGCCUGCACUCAGGAGCUGUACCUGACGAUGAGGGACUGCUGGCACGCCGUCCCGUCUCGCAGACCCACCUUCCUGCAGCUGGUGGAAGAUCUGGACCGGACGCUCUCUCUCAGUUCCAACCAGGAGUACCUGGACCUGUCCGUUCCUCUGGUCCAGUACUCUACAGUCAGCAUCUCUGCUUCCACUCGCUCCAGUAGCUCCACAUAGACCUUUCCCUUCCUGCAGCACCUUCAUCUCGUUUCCUCUGCUGUGGCCGGGCGGCGGCGGCAGAAGUCCCAGACGGAGCCGGGCAGGAGGAGCUCAGACCAGCCGCUCUGCCGUGGUCCUUCUAGCAGCCUGAUGUGAAGAACAUCUGGACGGAGCUGGACCUCAACCAGGCCUCAGGAAGCAGCUCGGACACGCCUCCUCCAGCGUGAGAGACACUGAGGGAGGAGCCGUGAGACUCCGGGCCUGGUCUUUAUGUUCUCAGUGUGAAUAUUGUAAAUAAUAGUCUGUGUUCCAGGGGAUUUAUUAGAGAAAUCUGACAUGAGACGAUAAAACGGAGAAGAAAUAAAUCACCAAAAAACAAAUAAAUGAAUAAAAUACACAGAACUCAUAAAUAAAUCUAUAAAUAUUGAAGAAAAACCAACAUGUUCAUGAUACAGCCUCUAAUCCCUCUAAAAUUAAAUUAUUAUUAUUGUAUUUAUAGAUUUAUUUCAUACGAUUGAAUAUUGGGUCCAUUAAUGGAAAAAAACGAUUUAGAGAUAAAUCAUAAUAUGAGAACGUCGUUGUAUUACGGGAACAAAGUCAUAAUUGAGAAGGAAGUUAAUUUAAUGAGGAAAAAAGUCAUAUUUAAUAAUAUUUCUCUGAUAAAUUACAACUUUUUUUCUCUGAAUCGUACGACUUCCAUCUCAGAAUACUUUUCUUCACUAUGGCCUUAAUACUCUGUUGAUAUAUCUUGUGCAUUUUAUUCAUGACUUUGUCUCAGUUUAUUUUGUGUAUUUGAUGAAGAUGAUGAUGAUGAUGAAGAUGUCGUCAGUGUUACAGUUGAACUUUGCACUUAACCUCAAGCUGAUUCCAGCCUGCAGUUACACAAACAUGUAUAAUAACUGAUUAACAAUAUUAAAAACUUUUUAAAUAA